CGAGUCCGGUCUGUUUACGAUGUAAUUGGUGGUCACCGUUUGCCCAGUCACGUCUCUACAUAAACACACAAACUUAUACAUGUGAUGAAUGAGGUCGGUAAUAUAUACAAGACAUGCGCGGGCGGAGGGAGUCGAAAGUGACGUAUUGUUAACAUUACGUAAACUGGAUUAAACGCCACGAUCUUAAAAGUUUGCAUUUGCAUUAAAAAUGUUCACCUGGUGAAAUUCCAGAGAACAGAAGUAUUAAUAGGUUAUAUUUUUACCUGGCCAGCCUGCGGUAAAGUUCUGUGAGAACACGGAUUACGGAUUUUCGGACGUAAUUCGACAUUUCGAACAAAUGUAUAUUUACCACAAUUCACCCCCAAGAAAAUCAAUAUCAGUGUUGUAACAUUUAAGGUUGAGAGGCAGAGAGGAAGUAAAUAUGUCUGAAGAAGGUUUCUCAAUUGUGGACUGGGUGAUUUUUGCAGUUUUGAUUCUGUUUUCGGGAGUCGUUGGGAUUUACUAUGCCUGUACCGGCGGAAAACAGAAGACGACCGACGAGUUCCUAAUGGCGGACCGGAAGAUGCCGAUACUUCCGGUCGCAGCCUCUAUCCUUGUGUCGUUCCAGACGGCGGUGCUGAUACUGGGUCAGCCGGCGGAGAUGUACACCAAGGGGACCCAGUUCUUUCUGUCGUUGUUUGGACAGCUCGGUGCCGUGUUUCUGGCCACUACUUUAUUCGUUCCGCUGUUCUAUCCAUUAAAGCUCACGAGCUUUUUCGAGUAUUUGGAACAUAGGUUCGACUCCAAGGCAGCUCGCGUGACGGCCACUACCAUAGGAAUUAUAUCAACGAUUCUUUACUCUGGCAUUGCGUCCUUUGCCCCAACAACGGCUCUAAGUGCAGUGACCGGCUUUCCUGAGUGGCUGUCUUUCACUUUGAUUGGGGCGAUCUGUGCAUUCUACACCUUCCUGGGUGGACUAAAAGCCGUCAUCUGGGUGGAUGCUUUCCAGGGCCUCAUUAUGUUGGCGGGUUUACUGACUAUUCUCAUCAAGGCCACUCUACUGGUGGGCGGAUGGGGAGAGGUGUGGCGGAUCAACCAGGAGUGGGGGCGGAUCAACUUCUGGAAUUUUGAUCCGGAUCCAACCAUCCGUCACAGUUUCUGGUCUUUGGUAAUCGGGAGUAUGAUCAACUGGACCGGGCCGUACGGCGCAAGUCAACAAAGCACCCAGCGAUUUGGCUCUUUGCCAACUCUUCGCGAUGCUAAAAUAGCGCUUAUGCUGCAAAGCGUCGGAUUGAUUGUGAUUGUGACGUCAGCAUGCAUGACAGGUGUCGCUGUCUUCGCUUAUUACGCAAUGAAGGGUUGUGACCCACUGACAAAUGGCGAUAUCAUGAGUUCAAAUCAAAUUAUCCCUACGUUCGUGAUGGAGGUGCUGAACUACCCGGGGGUACCCGGUCUCUUCAUGGCCAGUCUGUACAGUGGCUCUCUCAGCACGAUCUCCUCCAAUCUGAGCACACUGGUCGCCAUUACUUUUGAGGAUCUGGUGAAACCAUUCGUCAAGAACAAGUCUGACAGCGUCCAUCUCUGGAUCACAAGAAUGCUGGUUUUGUUCUUCAGCGCAGCAGGAGUGGGGAUGGCGUUUACGAUGCGCAACAUCACCGGCACUGUGUUACAGGCCUCCAUCAGUAUCUUGGGAUCGUCUGGGGGUGCGCUCAACGGGUUCGUGGUCCUUGGCGCCUUUUUCCCGACGUGUAACAGAAUUGGCGCCAUAACAGGUCCCAUUGUGUCGUACGCCAUCAUGCUGUGGAUAGGAAUAGGACAGUACAGUGUGCUGGGGAUCCCUGAGGACUUUCCCUUCCCGACAGACAACUGCCAAGCCGGAAACGGAAGUAUGACCGGCGGCAACAACAUAACAACGCUCGCCGUCACCACGAACCUUAUCAGCACUACCGGUGUAACAACAAUGGCGGCAGUUCCGGUCCAAGAGCUGACUGGACUGAGGCGCCUCUAUUCCCUCUCCUAUCUGUGGUACUCCACUAUGGGGACUGUCAUCGCCGUCAUUGUCGCCCUCCUCAUUACCUACGUCACUGGACCCAGAAAGGCCACGGAGGUGGACAGGAAGUACCUGAUAUCUCUGUCCGACAAGCUCUCCUGUCUGAUUCCGUCACGAUGCCGGCGGGGUGCGGACACCGACCAGCCUCAGGUAAAGAGUGAAAUGGGACAAGAAAACACUGCUUUUUCAAAUUUGGAUGAGAGAAGAUCACAGGACUCAGAGAACAAGUCGAACAAGUCAAACAAAGUUGAACUGUAUAAAAUAAAGUCAUGACGUCAAGAUGAAUCAUAGAUUCUGUGUAUGAAUUCCGUAUGAAUAUAAAAUAUCUUAAAGUUCAAUAUUAUUAAACAAUCGAUUCAAAUUAUUGAUAUCGAUUAAUGAAGAAUAUAUUCUGUAUUUCUUGAUAUUGAUAAUUCAUGAAUAUAUAAACAAUAAAUGUAAGAAAUACAUUUUAAUGUAUAAUUAAUAAAGAGAUGAACUAUUUGAUAUUUUGUUUAAACAUGUGUCUUAACCAAUGCGAGGACAUUUAUAUAUAAACCAGAGACUGGUAUGAACACAUCCAUAAAUUUUAAACUCCGUAUUAUAUAUUACAUGUAGGAUGUGCAUUGUAUCUACAUGUUGUUUAUUUAUUCAUACGUGUAAUCUAUUCAGUUUAGUUAUCAGUUCUAGGUAUUUCUAGUUUUGUAUUGCAAUGUUUAUGUCAUGUGACCUCAAUAUCGAUGUUUUAUUCUUGACGUUUUAUCAUAAAGCAAAAAUGUGAUUAUUUUAUCUUCCUUCCUAUGUCUGAUCCUUAAACUGUUUACAUGACACAACAUUUCGUGGUGGCAAUAAAACUUCUACAAUUUAUACUCGUGACGAAUAAAUUUCGAAAACUAUAAUCGUAAAUGUUGUUAAAAAUAUCUUCCGAAAAUACAGUCCAACAUUUCAUUAAAGAAAGAAACUCAUCUUAACUUUUAUAAGCGGAUUUUUCU